AUGAAAUAUAAAUUAUACAUAAAGAAUGCAACACAACUAGUAACAGUAUCUAAAGACAAUAAACCAUUCCUUGUUGGUAAAGAGAUGAGCAAUGUAGAGAUUAUAGAAAAUGGAUCAUUAAUAGUCGAUGAAAAAGGAGUGAUUGUAGAUGUAGGAAAAGAACAAGACAUUGGACCCAAGUAUAGAGAUGCCGAGUUUGAGCGUGUGAUAGACGCAUCUGGCAAGUCUGUGAUACCAGGCUUUGUCGACGGACACACUCACCCCGUAUUUGCAGGUGAUCGUGUACACGAGUUUGCAAUGAAGUUGGCUGGAGCCACCUAUCUAGAAGUACAACAAGCCGGAGGAGGUAUCACCUUUACCGUCAAUCACACUCGUCAAGCUAGUGAAGACGAGCUAUUAUCGCUACUACAGCCACGUCUAGACCGUAUGUUGCGACAAGGUACGACAACAAUCGAAGCAAAGAGUGGAUAUGGUUUGGAAAAGGACACCGAGAUGAAGAUGCUAAAGGUGUUGCAUCGCGCCAACAAGAUUCACCCCGUCGAGAUUGUAUCGACCUAUUUGGGUGCACAUUCAAUUCCAAAGGGAUCGACAGCCGCUCAAGCAACUCAAGAUAUUGUAGAGAACCAGCUUCCAGAGUUGGCACGUCUCAGAGCAGCAGGUGAGAUCUCACCCGCCAACAUUGACGUUUUUUUGGAAAAGGGAUUCUUUGAACUCGACGACACUAGACGUAUCCUCGAGGCUGGUAAAGCACUCGGACUAGAGAUUAACUUUCACGGCGACGAGCUUAGUUAUAUGGCAUCGGGAGAGUUGGCCGGCGAGCUCAAAGCACGUGCCAUCAGUCAUUUGGAAAAGGUCAGCGAAGAGGGUAUGAAGACCAUGGCCGCCACACCAACCUUUGGUGUCCUCCUCCCCACCACUGCCUAUGUCCUUCGUCUCGAAGCACCACCCGCACGUCGCAUGAUCGAAUUGGGUGUACCAGUAUGUCUUGGAUCAGAUUUUAAUCCAAAUGCUCAUUGUCUAUCAAUGCCAUUUGUUAUGAAUCUUGCUUGUGUCUUGAUGAAAAUGAAUAUGAAUGAAUCUUUAAUUGCUGCUACUUUAAAUUCUGCUGCAUCAUUAAAUAUAUCAAAUACACAUGGAUCACUUGAAGUAAACAAAUUUGGAGAUAUGAUUGUGAUUGAUUCACCAAGAUGGGAACAUAUUAUCUAUGAAAUGGUAGAUCCUCCCAUUUUAAAUGUAAUUAAAAAGGGUACAGUUGUUUUUAGUAAAUAA